GCGUGAAGUCGCGUAUGAGCCAAGCUAAUACAGAACACCAUUGCAAAUAACAAAAACAUAUUGCAAUAUACCAGAGUUGACCCGAGUCACACGAAAGUAUUGUUCUACUGUAUAAACAAACACUACACCAUUGACAGUGUUGCUUCAUAAUUACGCUGCAUAGAUGUAAAUUCAUUCUACACAUUGCAGUCUUUGUUGUACUGCACACACAUACACUCAAUCCACUUGUCGUUGUUUUGUGAGUACACGCGUAGCACCGGCCCAAAGCUGUUUCAUAUACACACCCAUGUGGAAUAGAGCCCCAACAGUAUCCAAUUCGUGCAGGCUACACGAAGGGAUCAAGUCAUUUAAACUCUUUCGAGCGCCAUACUCGGCAUAUACACACGUGUUGACAUAUAGUGAUAAGCGUAGGUCUUAUAACACACUUAUACAACCUCGGAUUAGUAAUUUAGCACUUAUAAAACACCUACACCUAGGAACUAGUAGAAAGAUACGUAUAUAUCGCACUUCAAGUUCAAUAAACACAGUUCAAAUUAAGCACACAACUCAAAGAUCAGUAUACACAACAAGGCCUCCCGCCAUGCAUCCGGAAUUAGACAUCAAACUGUUCAACAGUCUCUUAACACCCUCAGUGCUAUCGUUGCAUAAACACUUUACAGACGAAGGCUAUGAGCUGCGAUUUGUAGGGGGUGUAGUACGUGAUUUAUUUAUGGGUGUAACACCCAAAGAUGUAGAUCUGGCCACUACAGCUACACCUGAAGAGAUGGUCAGUGUGUUUACCAAGUAUGGGUAUAGGUAUAUACCAACAGGCUUGCAACACGGCACACUAACGGUACAUACAAAGUGUAUGAUUGAUUAUGAGAUCACCACUUUGAGGAUAGACAAAGUCACCGAUGGCCGCCAUGCUGAGGGUGCUUCUGCGAGUGUGAGUUUAAAUGGUGUGGGUAAUGAGCCAGCCGAUCGAAAGCGCAAAGCUGUCAGUGUUCCUAUGCAGAGCGGGAAACGGGUGACACACCCCGGGUUCUCGCGGAUAGUCAGUGGACCCAAUGCCGCCGCAGAGCUGACUGCUUUCGGACCCACACGCACUAACAUCGGCACAUACAUAGACAUCCCACCCGCAGCCUUCUCUCCAGACCGCCUGGUACAUCUAGAACGCGUACGGAUGCUCACCACACAAACCCAGACACAGGAACACGCACAGACACAGACACAGUCAACGGUGGUCAGUGCGAGUACCAAUCCGAAUGCGAAUCCGGUCACGUGUCUGAUGACGCUGCUGGAAGACGAGGCACAGUUCAUGCUGUUGGUGGAGAACUACCGUAUGAGCAAGAAGGAAAUGAAUCUCGGUUUGUUCCUGAGCGAAAAAAGGGACGUGAUUGGCUAUCCCAUGGCGGUAGAGUCGGUGUUCUCUCCACAGCCAUUGGUGGAUAGGGAGUCCACCAAUGGGAUCGGAGAGAAUAGAGGCGAGAUUGAUCAGAGUCUGAUGUUCAAACAAUGCACAGACCUACUGGUAGAUGGCGUAGCGCCGGAGCUAGUGGUCGAGCUGUGUCUAUAUUUAGAAAUGCCACAGAUCGCUCAUCACGUACGCACGUGGGAAAUCCGGCAAUUCCCCAUCAAUGGGAAGAUUCUGGCUAAGGAGGGCAAUAUGCAGAAGGGACCUGCGCUGGGGCAUGUGUUGAAAGAACUUAAGAAUAGAUGGAAAGCCAGCUCUUACGUGCUAACGAGCGAGAAACUCCUGGGCCAGCUGCCCGAGCUACUUGCGGAGGUGGAUAGGUUGGGGCUCAAUGUCCCGCCACCCUCAAAGGGUAAGAAACCAAAGCGAAAGGGACCUCAAUAGGGGCCUUUAUAAGGGUGAAUCUGAGUGCCCGGGUCACGUAGUAAACGAAAUUUAGAAUGUACAAGCCUUUAAGUGUAGCGCCGUGUGCUUUAGCCACCGCACAACCAAUGGGGUCUUUCAAAAAUAGAAUGUGUAUGCUUUUGGCCCAAUUUUGUACCCGAGUUUAAAUACAGGCGGAUGUCGGGCGUCCUGUCGCCGGUCUCAGAAGAUUAGUCAUCCGAAAUGCAAACGGAUUUAGUAGUUUAUUGUCUGAGCUUAGCGGAGGGUUCGAUUCUAGGCCUUGUAGGAGAGUAACGCUAAAAGAAGAUCGGGGAUGAGUGUUUACCUACCAUUUGGCGACCGUCGAAAGUUAAUGGGUCAAGAAAUCAAUACGUAUACGGCCUCGAUAUGGGCCUUUGCGUCUGUGCGAGAGACUGUACCUCUCACCUGUUGAUGUCGAGCUAAAAAUAGAUAGAAGGCUACUAAAAAUCGAUAGAAAGCUACUAAAAAUUGAUAGAAGGCUACUUAAAAUUGAUAAAAAGCUGCUAAAAAUUGAUAGAAGGC